ACCCGAACAAAUAUACUACUGUACCCGAACAAAUAUACUACUGUACCCGAACAAAUAUACUACUGUACCCGAACAAAUAUACUACUGUACCCGAACAAAUAUACUACUGUACCCGAACAAAUAUACUACUGUACCCGAACAAUGUACUACUGUACCCGAACAAUGUACUACUGUACCCGAACAAUGUACUACUGUACCCGAACAAUGUACUACUGUACCCGAACAAUAUACUACUGUACCCGAACAAUAUAUACUACUGUACCCGAACAAUAUAUACUACUGUACCCGAACAAUAUAUACUACUGUACCCGAAAAUAUAUACUACUGUACCCGAAAAUAUAUACUACUGUACCCGAAAAUAUAUACUACUGUACCCGAAAAUAUAUACUACUGUACCCGAAAAAUAUAUUACUAUACCCGAAAAAUAUAUUACUAUACCCGAAAAAUAUAUUACUAUACCCGAAAAAUACAUUAAAGUUUCUUUUUUCUUGUAGACCAGAUGUAUCGCAGAAAGAUCGGCUUCAGCUUAUUAAAAUGAAGGUAAUGCACAUUUCUAAUUGUUAUCCCUCCAGUGAUUCCCUAAAAAGCUUCUGUUAUCAACAGGAGACGUGUAAAUUAAAAAGUAUUUUGUACUGACCUGGAAAAAGUGUUUAAUGUGUGUCCUCGGGUCUUGAAUUUGCCUUUUUCAAAUGUUCCCCAAAAGUACGUAAAAACAAUGGAAAAUUGGACCAUAUAUUACCCAUUAUGUAUGCAACAAUAGAGUAUACUUGACUGUAUUUGUGUUAAAUGUCUCAAAAAAUGACAGAUAAGGAAUUAUGAUAUAGGGAUUCCUAACGUGUAAAAAGUUGAAAAUUUUCCUCAGUCAAAUGUUGCUCAGGUUUCGAGAUCCCACCUUUUUUCUUGGUCUUAUUUAGUCGAGUAAAGGUUACUUAUUAAAUGACAGUACAGUGACAUUUACAUGUGCAUUCUUUUUAGUUGACCUUGGACAACAUGAAAAUGAAAGAGUAAGUCGACCAUUUUUAUGAUACAUUGUAUGUGCUGCAUUUUUAGUGCAAAGUGAAGAAUUCACUUUGCAGCUGUAGUGGUUAGGGGAAAAUUCAAUCAAGACAGAGUCAAUCAAGAGUGUAAACAAUCAGGGGGGAGGUUGCAUGCAUGUCUUUCUUCUAGAUCAGUGGUUACACUGAUUAAAAGUUUAAUAGUUACAGUGCGUCUACUGUAAGUGGGGCCACUUAGAGAACACUAACCAAUCACAUUGCAGAACAGAAAGUGAAAAAAUCAACAAACGGCGCAUUAGCCAAUCAGCAUUAGGGCAAAAACAAUUCGAACAAAUAAACGAAUGUCAAACGGUAAAAAUAGACUUGUAAAAGUAAACACUGCAGUUAAUGGCUUCCUGAAUCUUUCUUUUGAUUGGACGAGCUUUAGUUUGAUUAGAUUUUUCUUUUUGUUCUGCAGUGCGAUUGGUUAGUGUUCUCUAAGUGGCCCCACUUACAGUAGACACACUGUAAGUGAACUAACUCUGGAGAAACAUCGUGUAUUUAUAAUUUUCUAAUUACAUACAUACAUAUAAUUUUCUAAUUGUAUAAUUUUAAUUCACAUACAUAAUUUUCUAAUUACAUACAUACAUAUAAUUUUCUAAUUACAUAAUUUUCUAAUUACAUAAUUUUCUAAUUACAUACAUACAUAUAAUUUUCUAAUUACAUAAUUUUCUAAUUACAUACAUACAUAUAAUUUUCUAAUUACAUAAUUUUCUAAUUACAUACAUACAUAUAAUUUUCUAAUUACAUAAUUUUCAUUCACAUACAUAAUUUUCUAAUUACAUACAUACAUAUAAUUUUCUAAUUACAUAAUUUUCUAAUUACAUACAUACAUAUAAUUUUAUAAUUACAUAAUUUUCAUUCACAUACAUAAUUUUCUAAUUACAUACAUACAUAUAAUUUUCUAAUUACAUACAUAAUUUUCUAAUUACAUACAUACAUAUAAUUUUAUAAUUACACACAUAAUUUUCUAAUUACAUACAUAUAAUUUUCUAAUUACAUACAUAAUUUUCUAAUUACAUACAUAUGGCAAAUUUCUAAUUACAUACAUAUGGCAAAUUCCCAUCAUGUAUACGAUCACUUUCUACUGCGAGUCAUGUGCUUAUUUCGUAUAUUUCGUGCGAAUGGAUAUCAUAUAAUAAAUCUUUAUCAGAAGAUACACCCAAUUUUGUUACAAUCCACUUUACACUAUCCUUGGGAUCUCUGAGUUUUAUCUGGUUGUAAUUCCAUUUGUACAUCCUAUCUUGCGCAGCUCUCUUCGUCGAAACUGUUGUGUGAGAGUGAGGUCAGUGGGUAUGAUAAAAACAGGAUUGAAUUCGGAUGUUACACAGGUAAAUAUUAUUUAUGUACUAUUUAUUUACUUUACAACCAUAUAAAAAUACAAAAUAUUAUACAUAUAUAUUAUUUACAAAUAUGGUUGAAAUUGUGGUCAACAGGACAUGGGUCGUGUGUGAAGACCAACCUGACAAACGUUGCAGGACAACGCGGAAAAGACAAAACAUUAAACGCGAGGACAAUAGACUAUUUACAUAUCGUGUUUGAAGAAUUAAGCUCCAUCUUUCAAUUCUAUCCAUUGGACACGAAAUACAAGACUAUACUUUUAUUAUUUUAUAUAUGGAUAAUAUUGCCUUUUUGUUUGAAUUUCAGCACGCAUUGUUGUUGCCGGUGCUUGUUCAUCACGUACGCUAUCAUCUGAGUUUAAAAGCAUUUGAUGAGAAAAUCGGAUAUGUGUUCAAGGAUAGAGCUCUCUUGCAGGUGCGUUAUCUCUGGUAACACUGGAUCAAUAAGAGACUACUCUCAUUGGACCUCUAAGAAGAAAAGUUUAGAACUGGUAGAGCUAUCCAGUAUAAAUAAAGUUAGUUUAGUUUAGGUUUCCUCCUGUAGUAACACUGGAUCAAUAAGAGAUGAUCCUUACUGGAUCUCUAGGGAGAACAGUUUAGAACUGAUAAAGCUAUCCAGUAUAAAUAAAGUUAGUUUAGUUUACGUUUCCUCCUGUAGUAACACUGGAUUAAUAAGAAAUAAUCCUUACUGGACGUCUAGGAAGAACAGUCGCGCUAUCCAGUGUUUUUCACUUUAACAAAUGUUCUUCGCAAUGUUUUUUCUUCUACAGCUGGCUCUAACACAUCCUUCAUAUGUGAUGAACUAUGGAACUAAUCCUGAUCACGCGCGUAACACGUUGUCAAACUGUGGAGUGAAACAGCCUCGAUAUGGUGACAAGAGAAAUCGCUUGAGUCAUACUAAAAAGAAAGGUACAGUACAGAACAGGGCCGUAUUUAGGGGGGGGGGGCGAGGCGCCGUUACACCCGUGUGGGCGCCCAAACUUGGUGCAGAAAAAAUUCAUCACUUUAUGAAGGCACGCACCUCCUACAGUAUACCAUUUCUCAGCUCUUCUUCAUAACCCCUCAGAAUGGUAAUUAAGAUACAUUAUAAUUUAAAGUACUGGUUCAUAAAAGAAUGUUAGACCAACUUUAUUUCCAUUUGGUUUAGGGAUUGUUCAGCUCAUUGACAUCAUGGCCAAACUUGAAGAUCUAGAUGGCAGCCAGUCUUUGUAAGUUUUGUUUUGCUAGUCAUACGUGUACUUAUUGAAUCGCUAAGCUAUAUAAUCUCACUAACUUUAUAUAUUAUUAUAUACUGGUCACUGGAUGGCUAUGUCAAUGAGCGAUCACUUAUUGAUCCAGUGUUACUAGAGGAGAAAACCUACACUAAACUAACUUUAUUUAUACUGGUUAGUUCUAUCAGUUCUGAACUGCUCUUCCUGGAGGUCCAGUAAGGAUCAUCUCUUAUUGAUCCAGUGUUACUACAGGAAGAAACCUACACUAAACUAACUUUAUUUAUACUGGAUAGCUCUUUCAGUUCUGAACUGUUCUUCCUAGAUGUCCAGUAAGGAUCAUCUCUUAUUGAUCCAGUGUUACUACAGGAAGAAACCUACACUAAACUAACUUUAUUUAUACUGGAUAGCUCUUUCAGUUCUGAACUGUUCUUCCUAGAGGUCCAGUAAGGAUCAUCUCUUAUUGAUCCAGUGUUACUACAGGAGGAAACCUAAACUAAACUAAUUUUAUUUAUGCUGGGUAGCUCUAUCAGUUCUAAACUGUUCUUCCUGGCGGUCCAGUAAGGAUCAUCUCUUAUUGAUCCGGUGUUACUACAGGAAAAAUUUUUCUAUGAUUUUAAUAAUGCAGUGUUAAACAACGGAGUGUGUUUUUCCUCUAGCAUCCAACAUAACGAAAGACUAGAGUUUCUCGGUGACGCCAUAUUGGAAUUUAUCUCCACUUGUCAUCUUUACUACAUGUUUCCCGAGAUGGCCGAGGGAGGACUGGUAACCCAUAGAUCUUCCUUGGUGCAAAACAGACAUCUGGCGCAAGUUGCCAAGGUAACCAGCUGGUAAUAUAAAUAGGCGCAGGUUUUAACUGAGCACCGCCCACCAAUAACAAAACUUUUUCUCUUGUUUUUAGAAACUUGGGUUGGAUAAUUUCAUGCAGUUUUCUCACGGGUAAUUUUUGAACAUUCCUUUAUUACGUCUGUUUGUACAACUGUCAAAUUCAAUGCUGUAUCUGCUCCAAAGCGUUAGGGGCGCCCGUGUUUGUCUAAGACUAAUCCUUUCUCCUGAUUGUUUUAUACGUGUUUUAGGCCAGAUCUUUGUCACGAAGAAGACAUGGAACAUGCAAUGGCGAAUUGUUUAGAAGCUAUACUCGGU